AUGCCAUUAGUCAAGGAAGGAUUACUCCUCAAAAGAGGCGAAUACAUCAAGAACUGGCGUCCUCGAUGGUUCCAGUUAUAUAGCGAUGGAAGUUUCAUUGGUUAUAAAGAAAAACCUAAAAGUUCCAAUGUUGAUCCAUUGAACAACUUUAGUGUAGCAAAGUGCCAACUGAUGAAAUCCGAUAAACCUAAACCUAACUGCUUUAUAAUAAGGUGCUUCCAAUGGACAACAUUAGUUGAAAGAACUUUCCAUGUAGAAACCCCAGCCGAGAGAGAGUCUUGGAUUGUUGCCAUCCAAAAUGUUGCCGAUAAGUUGCGCGAAGAAGAAGAAAAUAAAAGCAAAGGUGAACAAGCCAGUGAAUACGUAUCAAGAUCUGGCAAGCUGGUGUAUAUAUAUAUAUAUACAGCGCAUUUCUUCUCUACAUUAAAUAGAACCACUAUUUUUCAAAUUUUACAGCGCUUGGAAGAUUUUGACAUGUUACAAGUACUUGGCAAGGGUACAUUUGGAAAGGUAAUGUUAGCGAGAGAAAAAGCUUCAGGUGAAAUAUUUGCUGUUAAAAUAUUAAAGAAGGAAGUAAUUGUUGCCAAGGAUGAGGUAGCACAUACUCUAACUGAAAACCGUGUUCUGCAAAAUUGUCGUCACCCAUUCUUAACAGAACUCAAGUACUCAUUCCAAACCAAAGAUCGUCUUUGUUUCGUUAUGGAGUACGUAAAUGGAGGAGAGCUUUUCUUCCAUUUGUCUCGAGAACGUAUAUUUACCGAAGAUCGAACACGUUUCUAUGGAGCAGAAAUUACUUUAGCGCUUAAAUAUUUGCACGAAAGAAAUAUCGUUUAUCGAGAUUUGAAGCUAGAGAAUCUACUGUUAGACAAAGAAGGCCAUAUCAAAAUAGCGGAUUUCGGUUUAUGUAAGGAACAAAUCUCGUUCGGUGCUACUACUACAACGUUCUGUGGUACACCAGAGUACUUAGCUCCGGAGGUCUUAGAUGACAAUGAUUACGGGCGAAGCGUAGAUUGGUGGGGCUUAGGAGUUGUCAUGUAUGAAAUGAUGUGCGGUCGAUUGCCAUUUUACAACAAAGAUCAUGAAGUUUUAUUUGAACUUAUUCUUAUGGAGGACAUAAAAUUCCCUUCAAGGAUUAGCGAAAGAGCGCGUUCGCUUUUAGGUGGAUUACUUACAAAAGAUCCUAAGAAAAGGUUAGGUGGUGGCGUUCGUGAUGCUGAAGAAGUAACAGAACAUGAAUUCUUUGAAGAGAUCAAUUGGCAAGAUCUUUACGAUCGAAAGAUAUCACCACCAUUCAAGCCUCAUAUUAAAUCUACUACCGAUACUUCAAAUUUUGACUCCGAUUUUACCAGUGAAACUCCUAGGUUGACUCCUCCAGAUCACCAUGGUGGCCCAGUUGAUGUGAAAGAGGGAGCCCCACAUUUUGAAGAAUUUUCAUAUGUAGCUCCAAAAGGUGGCGAAUUGUCCAAGUAG